AUGGCAUAUUUAGUGCCCACGGUAGAUGUGCUCUCUAAUAGUGUUUUGCGCAGUGAAUGCUGUGCGGCUUCUUUUUCCUGGGCUGGCAACUCCCUAUUUCUGACUGCCUUUUUAAUAGAGAAUCAGUGCAGAGCUCAGCAAAAUCAAAUUUCGAUUGUGGGCUCUAACAUGUACUUAGAAACAUUUGGGGAAGAGCUGGAGAUAGUGAGAGCCCCGCACAGUAUAUUUUCUUUAUCACUCUUAGCUGCUGGGUAUUCUGAGACAAACACUAGAUCAUUACUCACUAUGGAAAUUUUAAAGAAGAAAAGAAGCCCAACUGCUACGGCGUUGUCAUAG